AUGGAGGAGUCAGAUGAGGAUGAGGAGGACAACGAAGAGUUCCUGGAGCGGCUGAUGGCUCGCACGGGGCAGGAGGUGCCCCGGCAGGAGCUGGAGGAGCACUACGCCGUGCUGGAGGAGCUGGGCAGCGGCACCUACGGGCGAGUGGUGCUGACGGAGCCCCGCGGUGGGGGCUCAGCGGUGGUCCUGAAGCUGCUGCUGAAGGAGAAGACUUCGCGGCGAGGGUUCCUGCGGGAGUACUGCAUCGGGCGCUGCCUGGCCGGGCACGGCGCCUGCCUGCGGGCACUGCCCCUCGCCUUCGAGACCACCACGCACUUCGCCUUCGCACAGGAGCUGGCACCCGCCGGGGACCUCUGCGCCCUGCUCAGCCCCGGGGGGCUGGCAGAGGAGCUGGUGAAGCGCUGUGCCCGGCAGCUGGCACAGGCCCUGGACUUCAUGCACAGCCACGGCCUGGUGCACCGCGAUGUGAAGCUGGACAACGUCCUCCUCUUCGACCCCCAGUGCCAGAGGGUGAAGCUGGGCGACUUUGGGCUGACCAGGGUGCAGGGCUCGCCCGUGGGGGCCAUGUCUGGCACCCUGCCCUAUGCCCCCCCUGAGCUCUGCCAGCUGCAGGGCUCCGAGACGCUGGAGCUGGACUCCAGCCUGGACGUCUGGGCCUUCGCUGUCCUCCUCUUCUGCCUCUGCACAGGUUGCUUCCCCUGGGCCCUGGCUGCCAGCUCUGACCCCCUGUUCCAAGACUUCAGCACCUGGCAGGAGGGGCUGGAGGGCCCUGCCAUGGAGGUGCAGAAGUACCUGGCCCUGCCCUGGCUGGCAGCUGCCAGUGCCACAGAGGUGCCACCCAGCAGCCCCCAGACCGCCCUGAGCGGUGGCAUCGAGGAGAGCCCUGGGGGCAGCGGGGGCAGGGGUGGGGCAGAUGGGGUGCCCAUGCCCCCUGCCAGUGCCCUGGCCCCCUGCUGGUAG